AUGAAUAAUGAACAGGGAAAGUCACGCUCCAAAAACGCAGCCCCUCCUCAAACUACAACCUCAGCAGGGAUGUCGACCACUUACUUAGGUCGACAUAAAGCGAGGAGACACCAAGGGCCGAAAAGUUACGCUUGUGCUAACUGUGGCAAAUCUUUUGCCACACAAUAUGAGGCGAAAGCUCAUGAAAGAUGGGAGGAGAGUCCAGCCAUGCCUAAGUCUGACGCUUGUGGCAUGUACUUUCCGCGGCAGUUUCAGCUGCAGGAACACCUAGCAACACAUUCAAGUGAACACAAGAUGAUGUUGCAGAUAGACAAGUCUCAUCCGUACAGUUGUCGUUGCGAGACGUUAGAUUUAGCAGACUAG